AUGGCUGAUUAUCUUCUUUCACAACGCGGAAACCAACAGGUUGGAGAAAACUGGGUAUAUAAUCUUGUCAAACGUCGCCCAGAGAUUGAAUCAAAGUUCUCACGGAAAUAUAACUAUGAACGUGCUAAGUGCGAAGAUCCGAAGAUAAUCCAAGAAUAUUUUGAUCGCGUACGAGAGGUUAUAUCAGACUAUGGGAUCUUGCCAGAAGACAUCUACAAUUUUGAUGAGACUGGCUUUGCUAUGGGACUCUGUGCGACUGCCAAGGUUAUCACUAGAAUUAAUUCGAUUGGAUGGGCAUUGCCUUCGUACAUUAUUUUCAAGGCAAAGAAAUACACUCGAUUAGGCUGGUUUGAGGAUCUUCCAGACGACUGGAAAAUUAAUAUUAGCGAUAAUAGAUGGACGACAGAUAAGAUUGGAUUAGAAUGGCUUAAAACUCAUUUUAUUCCUCUUACCGAUGGCCGUACAUUGGGGAAAUAUCGGAUGUUGAUUCUUGAUGAUCAUGGAAGCCAUUUAACUGCUGAAUUUGACCGUACAUGCACUAAGAAUAAUAUUAUUCCAAAGGAACUCCAUGAUCUACGGGGUGCACAUGAGAAGGAGAAGCAAAAAUGUCAAAGAUCCAAGCAGCAAAUAUCUCAUGAGCAAGGAAUUACCAGAGAGGAAGCUCAAGCACUCGUACAAGGUCAGAUUGAAGCAUCUCAAGCUGUUACUACUGCUCUGGCCGAGCCUGAACUCCCAGUCUCUCAUCCACCUAUACGACGUCAAUUUCGCUGCAGUGGUUGUGAUGUUGCAGGACAUAAAAUAACUGGAAGUCCUAAUCGUAUUAGGAAUUAA